AUGUCAACGACGUAUAUAGAUGAUGCGAAAGCAUUGACCUUGACUUACUAUGAAGUACUAGGAGUGGAGCCAACCGCUGAUACUGCGGAAAUCAAGACGGCGUAUAAGGAAAGACUCUUGAAUAGCCAUCCCGAUAAGCAAAAUGGAGUCAAUGGUGAAUUGAAAAAUCAUGAAAAUAUGGUGAUUACGAUAAAAGAAGCAUACAAGGCUUUGAUGGAUCCUUUGAGAAGACAAGAAUAUGAUGAAACAUUAAAAAAAUCAUUUCAGAAACAGGGGUUUAAUAUCAACGGAGAUGGAUUAGAUUCGUACAGUUUAGAAGAUUUUGAAAUUGUGGCCGGUCCCAAUGCAGAAGAAGAAAUAUGGGUUAAGGAUUGUCCUAGAUGUACAUUUCCAAAGUCCAUUACUUUGACAGAAGAAGAUUUGGAAGAAAAUGGUACUGAUGAUGGUCAGGGAGGGUUUGACAUUAUAGUACAAUGUGAAAGUUGUAGUUUAUGGAUAAAAGUCAAGUAUUAUGCAGCUGAUGAGGAAUGAUUAAUAGAAUUACAUUAUGGGUGAUAGAGAAUGCAAGCAUGUAUAUUUCAUUAGAGGAUCAU